UCUUGUAUAGUCGUUGACUUGAUUGAAAAUCCAUUGAAACAAUGUCUUUCUCCUACGAUGUGUUCAUAAAUUUCAGAGGAAAUGAUACUCGUGACACGUUCGUUUCUCAUCUAUUUGCUGCACUCUCAAACGCAGGAAUCAACACUUUUAUUGAUGACAAGAAUCUUAGAAAGGGAGAGGAGCUUGGACCAGAAUUGAAGAGGGCAAUAGAAGCCUCUCACAUAUCUGUUGUUGUUAUUUCAGUUUACUACACAGACUCUAGCUGGUGUCUUAAUGAACUGGUACAUAUCAUGGAAUGCCGCAAAAAUUAUGGCCGGUUCGUUAUACCGGUAUUUUACCGUGUUGAUCCAUCUUCUGUCCGUAGACAGAGUGGUAGUUUUGGAGACUCGUUGAAAUUCACUGCAAGAAAAAAAGAACAUCUGUUGGACAAGUGGAGGACCGCACUGACUGAAGUUGCUAAUCUAUCUGGUUGGGAUUCCAGCCGAUUCAGUGAAGGUGAACUAGUGAAGAAAACUGUUGAGGACAUUUUGACAAAAAUAGAUUUCUCAUUGUUGUCUAUUACUGAAUUUCCGAUUGGAUUGGAAUCCCGUGUGCAAAAUAUGACCAAGUUUAUUGAUGAUCAAUCAAGCAAAGCCUGUAUGAUAGGGAUAUGGGGAAUGGGUGGUUCGGGCAAAACAACUACGGCCAAAGCUAUCUACAACCGAAUCCAUCGUAAAUUUGAGGGUAGAACAUGUUUCAUUGAAAGUAUACGAGAGAGUUGUGAAAAUGAUACUAGAGGAAUUAUUCAUUUACAAGAACAGCUUCUUUCAGAUCUCCUCAAAAUAGAGGCCAAGAUACGUAACGUUGCGUCGGGGAUAGCUAAGAUACAGACAAGACUUCGAGGGAAAAAGGCUUUCGUCGUACUCGAUGAUGUGACCAAGUCGGAGCAAUUAAAAGCCCUCUGUGGAAAUCGUAAGUUCUUUGGUUCGGGAAGUGUUGUGAUUAUUACAACUAGAGAUGUACGCCUUCUGAAAUCACUUAGUGCUGGCCAUGUCUUCACAAUGACGGAACUGGAUGACAAUCAGUCCCUUGAACUUUUCAGCUGGCAUGCUUUUCGACAACCAACUCCUAGAAAAGAUUUUAGCGAACUCUCUAGAAAUGUAGUUGCUUAUUGUGGGGGAUUGCCUCUGGCUCUUGAAGUCCUUGGAUCUUACUUGUCUGAGAGGACGGAAGAAGAAUGGAAAAGUGCACUAUCAAAAUUAGAGAAAAUUCCCAACGAUCAAGUGCAACAGAAAUUGAGAAUCAGCUACGAUGGUUUAGAAGAUUAUAAGGAAAAGGAUAUAUUUCUUGACAUAUGCUGCUUCUUCAUUGGAAAGAGCAGAGUUGCUGUUACAGAUAUACUUAAUGGCUGUGGACUUCAUGCUGAUAUUGGAAUAGCUAUCCUCAUAGAACGCAGCCUCGUAAAAGUAGAAAAGAAUAACAAGCUUCAAAUGCAUGAUUUGCUACGAGACAUGGGAAGAGCAAUUGUUGGCGAAAGCUCAGAAAAAGAGCCGGCAAAGCAUAGUCGAUUGUGGUUUCGUGAGGAUGUGCUGGAUGUUUUGUCAAAUAAUACUGGAACACAAACUGUUGAAGGAUUGAUUUUGAGGGUGCAACAAACAGGAAGAAUUCACUUCAGCACUAAUGCUUUCCAAGAAAUGAAAAAGCUGAGGCUUUUAAAACUUGAUGGUGUUGACCUUAAAGGAGAUUAUGGAUUAAUUUCCAAACAACUGAGAUGGGUUGAUUGGAAACAAUCUUCCUUUAAAUUUAUACCGAAUGACUUUGAUCAGGGAAAUCUAGUCGUUUUUGAAUUAAAAUAUAGCAAUGUUAAACAAGUUUGGCAGGAGACCAAGUUGUUGGAGAAGCUAAAAGUUCUCAAUCUGAGUCAUUCCAAGUACUUGAAAAGCACGCCUAACUUUUCAAAAUUACCAAAUCUAGAAAAGCUCAUUAUGAAGGAUUGUCAAAGUUUAUCUGAGGUACACCAUUCCAUUGGGGAUCUCAAGAAGAUUCAUCUCAUAAAUUUGAAGAAUUGUACUAGUCUUGCCAAUCUCCCUAUAGAGAUCUAUCAAUUGAUAUCAGUAAAAACUCUCAUUCUUUCUGGUUGUUCAAAGAUUGACAAAUUGGAAGAAGAUAUAUUGCAAAUGGAAUCCUUGACAACUCUAAUUGCAGCAAAUACUGGUGUCAAACAAGUCCCUUUUUCAAUUGUAAGAUCAAAAAGUAUCGGAUUUAUAUCGCUAUGUGGAUAUGAAGGAUUAUCACGUGAUGUUUUUCCAUGUCUCAUUCAGUCUUGGAUUUUCCCAAGCAGAAAUUCCCUACCCCGUGUUUCUCCAUUUGGAAGCAAUUCAUUGUCUCUUGUUUCCUUGGAUGUGAAGAGUAAUAAUAUGGCCUAUCACUCACCAAUGCUUACCAUCCUUUCAAAACUUAGAUGUGUUUGGGUUCAAUGUCAUUCAAAGAAUCAACUAACUCAAGAGUUACAAAAGUUUGUCGAUGAUCUAUAUGAUGUGAAUUUUAUUAAGAUGGAAACAACAUCACAGGGAUCAAACACCUCAAGUCAUUCCUUGAGAUCACUUGUGAUUAGAAUGGGAAGUUCCGAAAUAGUCAAAGAUACUCUUGAGAAGAGCUUAUCACAGGGAUUGGCUGCCAAUUCUAAUGAUUCUUUUCUUCCGGGUGACAAUUAUCCUUCUUGGUUAGCCUAUAGAGGUGAAGGACCUUCAGUACAAUUUCAAGUUCCCCAGGAUGCUGAUUGUGGAAUGAAGGGAAUAACUUUAUGUGUUCUUUAUUCAUCAACACUGGAUAACCCGACAACUGAAUGUCUCACUAGUAUCUUGAUUAUUAAUUACACAAAAUUCACUAUCCAGAUAUACAAGCGAGACACGGUAAUGUCGUUUAAUGACGAAGAUUGGCAAGGUGCCAUAUCAAAUUUAGGAGUUGGUGACAAUGUGAAGAUUUUUGUAGCUAUUGAGCAUGGAUUGAUUGUUAAGGAGACGGCUGUCUAUCUAAUUUAUGGUCAGUCAACUGCUAUGAAAGUUGAGCCAACAAUUGAAGUGGAAGUGCAACCAUCGCUUGAUGUGAAAACGGAGCCAUUACCUAGAGGGAAAACGCAACCAUCACCUAAUAUGAUGGCGGAGCCAUCACCUAGAGUGGAAGUGGAACCAUCACCUAGAGUGGAAGUGCAACCAUCACCUGAUGUGAAAAUGGAGACAUUACCAAAGCCAAAUGAAAAUAUCUUUAUAAGACUCGCAAAGAGAAUAGGGAAAUGUCUAUUCUUGAACGUAUGGGAUUCUGUUAAAGUUAGUGUUGUUUCACUGUUUUCAAAAAUUCAGCCACAGACAAAAUUAUCGGAUCAAGUCGUGGACUUGGUCUUCUGUAAUCAUUCAUCUUCUCUCUUGUCUCAUAAUAACAAAUCCAUGUUUUCUUCAACAUCUAGACCUCAAUGGAUCUACGAGGUGUUCAUCAAUUUCCGGGGAAAAGACACUCGCAGCAAUUUCGUUUCUCAUCUUUAUGCAGCACUCUCAAAUGCUGGAGUCAACACUUUUCUCGACGAUGAGAAUCUUCAAAAGGGAAAGGAACUUGGACCAGAGUUACUGCGAGCAAUUCAAGGUUCUCAGAUAUUCAUCAUUGUUUUCUCGGAAAACUACAUUCACUCAAGUUGGUGUCUUGAUGAACUCUCACAAAUCAUGAAAUUUCACACACAUAAGGAUCGAGUCAUUAUGCCUGUAUUUCACGGUGGUAUUACCCCUUCGUAUAUACGUGACUAUGCUAGGGAUACUUUUGGAGAAGCUCUCCAUGGAAAUAGCAACACAAAUAACUUGGAAAGUCCACCAAAGAUAACACUUAACACUCCUUGGACUUUGUUUAAUUGGGGUAUGAGUAACAGCAGUGAUGUGGAUGAAAGUUCUCGAAAGAAAGCACUCAUUGAUGCUUCGAAUUUGGCUGGUUGGGAUAUGAAUAAUUAUAGCAAUGAAAGCAGUGUUGUGAAGGAAAUUGUUGGCCAAGUUUUGAUAAAACUAGACAAAAAAUGCUUACCUAUCCCAGAUUUUCCAGUUGGACUAGAAUCCCGUGCGGAUCAGUUGAUUCAAUUUUUAAGACAGAAUACAAGAGGAGUUUGUUUGGUGGGGAUUUGGGGAAUGGGGGGGAUUGGCAAAAGCACCAUUGCCAAAGUCAUCUACAAUAACCUUUGUUAUGAAUUUGAAGAUCGAUGCUUCCUUGCUAAUAUUAGAGAACGUUGGGAGAAAGAUAGGGGCCCAAACAAUUUACAAGAACAACUUCUUUCAGAUAUCUUAACAAGAAAGAUAGAGGUGCAUAGUGUUGAGUGGGGAAAAGCUAUGAUCAACGAACGACUCUGCACAAAACAGGCACUUGUUGUACUUGAUGAUGUGAGCAUGCGUGAGCAAUUAAAUGCACUAUGCGGAAAUCGAAAUGGAAUUGGUCCUGGAAGUAUAAUAAUCAUCACAACAAGAGAUGUGCGUUUACUUAAUAUCCUUGGAGUUGACUUUAUUUAUAAAGUAAAGAAAUUGAAUAACCACGAGUCCCUUGAGCUUUUCAGUUGGCAUGCGUUUAAGAAGGCAAGUCCAACUAAAGGAUUCCUUAGUCUCUCAGGAGGUGUAGUUUCCUACUGUGGUGGACUGCCACUAGCUCUUGAAGUCCUUGGGUCUUACUUGUUCAAUAGAAGAAAACAAGACUGGCAGAGUGUAUUAUCAAAGCUAGAAAAGAUACCCAAUGAUCAAAUUCAUGAGAAACUAAAAAUAAGCUUCGAUGGUUUAGAGGAUCGCAUGGAAAAGGAUAUAUUUCUCGAUGUGUGUUGUUUCUUUAUUGGUAAGGAUAAAGCUUAUGUUACAGAUAUACUAAAUGGUUGUGGACUUCAUGCUGAUAUUGGAAUAACCGUGCUGAUAGAAAGAUGCCUCAUAAAAGUUGAAAAGAAUAGUAAGCUUGGAAUGCAUUCCUUGCUACGAGACAUGGGAAGAGAAAUUGUCCGUGAAAGUUCACCCGAGGAGCCUGAGAAGCGUAGUCGAUUGUGGUGUCAUGAGGAUGUAGUUGAUGUAUUAACCAACCGUACCGGGACAAAAGCCAUUGAAGGAUUAGUUAUGAAAUUGCAAGGGACCAGUAAUGUUUGCUUUGAUACUAUUGCUUUUGAGAAAAUGAAGAGGAUGAGAUUGUUGCAACUUGAUAAUGUACAAUUCAUUGGAGAUUAUGAAUGUUUUCCAAAGAACCUGAAAUGGCUUUCUUGGCAAGGAUUUCCUUUAAAAUACGCACCAGAAAACUUUUAUCAAAAAAAUCUAGUUGUUAUGGAAUUAAAAUGCAGUAAUCUUAUACAAGUUUGGAAGAAGCCUCAGUUGUUGCUGAAGCUAAAAGUUAUCAAUCUCAGUCAUUCCAAGUACUUAAAAAGCACCCCUGACUUUUCAAAAUUACCAAACCUAGAAAAACUCGUUAUGAAGGAUUGUCGAAAUUUGUCCGAGGUGCACUCAUCCAUUGGAGAUCUCAAGAAUCUUCUUCUGAUAAAUUUGAAGGAUUGUACAAGCCUUAGCAAUCUUCCAAGAGAGAUAUAUCAAUUGACGUCAGUGAAAACUCUCAUCCUCUCUGGCUGUUCAAAGAUUAACAAGUUGGAAGAAGACAUGGGGCAGAUGCAAUCCUUGACAACACUGAUUGCAAAAGAUACAUCUGUAAAAGAAGUUCCCUAUUCAAUACUAAGAUUAAAAAGUAUUGGAUAUAUAUCCCUAUGUGGAUAUGAAGGAUUAUCGCGUGAUAUUUUUCCAUCUCUCAUUAUGUCUUGGAUGUCACCAACAAUGAAUUCCUUAUCACACAUUCCUCCUUUUGGUGGUAUGUCAAUGUCUCUUGUUUCCCUGAACAUAGAGACUAAUAAUUCGGGUUUGGUCUAUCAAUCAGAGAUACUUAGCAGCUGUUCAAAAUUAAGAAGUGUUUCGAUACAAUGUGACUCAGAAAUUCAACUGAAACGAGAAUUCGUAAGACUUCUUGAUGAUCUAUAUGGUGCAGGUCUUACUGAACUGGGAACAUCAGAUGCAUCACAAAUUUCAGGUCUUUCCUUGAGAUCACUUUUGAUUGGAAUUGGAAGUUGCGACAUUGUCAUUGAUACUCUUGAAAAGAGCUUUUCACAGAGAUUGGCAACCAAUGGCAUUUCUUUCUUUCUGGAAGACAAUUAUCCUUCUUGGUUAGCCUAUAGGGGUGAAGGACCUUCGGUAAAAUUUCAAGUUCCCGAGGAUACUGAUUUUGUAAUGAAGGGCAUAACUCUAUGUGUUCUUCAUUCAUCAACACGAGAAAAACUGACAUCUGAAUGUUUCACUAGUCUCUUGAUUAUUAAUUACACAAAAUUCACUAUCCAUAUUUACAAAGGAGACACAGUAAUGUCGUUUAAUGAUGAAGAUUGGCAAAGCAUGAAAUCAAAUUUAGGAGUUGGUGACAAUUUGGAGAUUUUUGUAGCUAUUGGGCAUGGAUUGGCCGUAAAGGAGACGGCUGUCUAUCUAAUAUAUGGUCAGUCAACUACUAUGGAAAUUGAGCCAACAAUUCAAGUGGAAACACAACCAUCACCUGAUGUGAAAACGGGACCAUCAGCUGAAGAGGAACUACAACCAUCACCUAAUGUGAAAACGGAAUCAUCACUUUUUGUCAAGAAUGAACCAUUAUCGAAGACAAAAAGAAUUUCCUUUAUAACAAUAGCAAUAAAAGUGAUAGAAUGUUUAUUCUCGAACCAUAAUUGAGAUGUUACCAAUUAUAUAUUGGACAUGCACUCUGUUCUAUAUGGAACUCUCUUGUAUGUUUUGUAAUAUAUUUCAGGGAGAGACUAGGGAGAAUGUACAAUGCUUGCUUGGCCAUUAAUGUGAUUGAUCGCGGGAUCCUGAUUUUCUUCUCA